AGCAUCAGCAGUCCAAAAGAGCUUCACAGGACAGGCGGGAGUGCGCAGAGUCGCGAACGCGCACUCACUCACCCACAGAGACAGACUGCGAUUGGAAGCGCGAGGCGGUCAGAUCGUGUGUUGUGUGUUGCUGCCGCGCAGUAUCUUUUCACGCAAGUACCGAGGACUGCAAGGGAAAAGUUUAUUUCAAAGACUCUCCAACUAACGGGCAGGGCCGCUCCCAGAUCCCCCUGAACGCCAGUUGUGCAGACACAGCAAGAGAUGUAGAUCCACUUACAGACUGUCUUCUGACUAACGCACGGACAGAUUGCACCAUGACGGAACGGGAUGGCCGCUGUGAUUUUUCCAUUGCCCCGGGGCAGGUAUAUAUCGAGGUGGAGUACGAUUAUGAGUACAAGGCGAAAGAUAGACUCAUCUCCAUACGGCAGGGCGAAUGCUACAUGUUGGUUCGCAAAACCAAUGAGGACUGGUGGCAAGUUCGUCGGGAGGAGGGCACCAAGGCGUUUUACGUCCCCGCUCAGUACGUCCGAGAGGUGCGGCGCGCCCUUAUGCCACCACCCAAACCUCGUGCAAAGCCCCCCAACGUUCUUGAAAUCGGCCAGUGCCGAUCGUCGAACGAAAAUCUCAACCAACGCGCUCCUACGGAAAGGUCCAGCUUCGGCAGGCCAUCUCCCUCGACAACGCCUUCCCCAUUACCAGGUCAACAGACCUCGCCUUUAUUGUUGCGGGACACCAAUCAGAACUCGGGGAUGAAGAGCGUUGUUGCCGAGCUCACUCUGCUUAACAACAACAACCAUCAUAACUAUCACCAUGGCAACCCCACACUUCCAGAAGGACGAGCGGAAUCCCCUCCACGAGAGCAUGGUUGCCAGGGGAAACUCCCAGGCGGGUUGUCGGUGGACACGGACGGAAGCGUGUCACCAGCAGAUGGGUUGGAGAAAAUGAGAAAUGACUCAGAAUCUGGAGAUGAGCUCAGCAGCAGCUCUACCGAACACAUACAGCAUUUGUCUUCUGAGGAGAUUUGUCCCAGCACACACUCCAGUCAGUCAGACAGUCAGUACGGAUCGCCCCCUAGAGGCUGGUCUGAGGAACUGGAUGAACAUGGCCACACACUCUAUGUGUCUGAAUACACCAAUGAGAAGUGGAUCAAGCAUGUGGACGAACAAGGGCGGCCGUAUUACUACAGCGCUGAUGGAUCCCGCUCAGAAUGGGAGUUACCAAAAUAUAAUCUCUCUCCUCAAAUCUCUGGAGAAGCUCCUAAGAGUCACAGUUUGGAAAGGAAGCAGCAGGAGCCCAUUGUGCUGACCAAGUGGAGACACAGCACCUAUGUGCUGGACGUCAGUGAAAAGGAGUCUGUAAUUGCCAAACACUACUCUCCUGAAUCAGACUCUUGCCCCUCUUCACCAAAACAUCCCUCUGCCCCCUCGGAAAAGUGUGGUGUUCUCAAUGUCACCAAGAUUACUGAACAUGGCAAGAAAGUCAGGAAGAAUUGGGCCUCCACCUGGACUGUCCUGCAGGGAUCCUCUUUACUUUUUGCAAAGGGUCAGGGCAGUGGCACCAGCUGGUUUGGAGGCAACCAGUCCAAACCAGAAUUCAUGGUGGACCUGCGAGGAGGUUCGGUCGAGUGGGCAUCCAAAGAAAAGUCCAGCAAGAAACAUGUCAUUGAGCUGAAGACACGAGUGGGCACAGAGCUGCUGAUCCAGUCUGAGAUUGACACUGUUAUUAAUGACUGGUUCAGAGCGCUUUCUGAGACCAUCAACACACAUGCUUGGGAGUCUGAUGAGGCCAUUGAGGAGGACAUGCCUGAGUCUCCUGGAACUGAGAAACACGACAGAGAGAAAGACCCCCGAGAUUCAAAGAAAAACAGAGUAAAGAACUCCAGUUUGGAUUCGUCUGAGCAGAAGACCAGAGUCAAACUGAAGAAGUUCCUCACACGGAGACCCACCUUACAGGCUGUCAGGGAUAAGGGCUACAUAAAAGAUCAGGUGUUUGGCUGCAGUUUGACUGCCCUGUGUCAGAGAGAAAGCACUUCCGUACCUAAUUUUGUCAAGAUGUGCAUUGAGCAUGUGGAGAAUACAAGCUUGAAUGUCGAUGGCUUGUACAGAGUCAGUGGAAACCUGGCUGUCAUACAGAAACUGCGCUUUGCGGUCAAUCACGAUGAAAAGGUGAAUCUGGAAGACAAUAAAUGGGAGGAUAUCCACGUGACUACAGGUGCUCUGAAGAUGUUUUUCCGGGAGCUUCCAGAGCCUCUGUUCACUUACGCAUCCUUUAAUGACUUUGUCGAAGCCAUCAAACACUCCGAUUACAAGCAGCGAGUCCAAUCCAUAAAAGACUUGAUAAAACAGUUGCCAAAACCCAAUCAGGAAACAAUGAAAGUGUUAUUCAAACACCUGAAAAGAGUGAUAGAUCAUGGUGAGGUGAACAGGAUGACUACCCAGAGCGUGGCUAUCGUGUUCGGCCCAACCCUGCUGCGGCCGGAGAUUGAGACGGGCAAUAUGGCGGUUCAUAUGGUCUAUCAGAACCAGAUUGUAGAACUCAUCCUUCUAGAGUAUGAGAACAUUUUUGGCAGGUAGAACAUCUCUAAGUGAGAAUCGAUACAGAGAACACAAUGCCAGAAGUUUAACAUCUCAUAUCCAUCACACAAAAACACACCACCACUGUGGGCCAAGCUUAAUAGAGUAUAUAAACAAACGUGAGUGGACUUACUGUGACAUAUGACUGGAUACAAGUGAAGAAAAUGAAUACAGAAAGGUUCUUUAUGCACUUAAUAUUUUUUGAACUUUUGAGGAUUUUUCCAUUUGGAUCGUCAUUCCGUGGCUUAGAAUAAGCUUGAUGGACUUUUGGAAAAUUAUGGAUGGUCAUUAGUCUCCAUUAUGCACUUUUUUUUCUUUUUUUUGAGAAAUGGGAAUAUUUUCCUAAGUUGGACACUGGAAUGGACUUUAUCUUGGUUCAGUAUUGACGCCUAGAAUGAAAACUGACUGAGCGGACCCUUUCAAGUCUCACCAGAUUGAGUUCUUUGCAGUGAAAUGUUUAAAAGUAAAACUUUUUUUUCGGGUUUGAUUUAUUCAGACACGUAACUGACUUGUAUCUGGGCUCUCGAGGGCUCAGAGUUUUUGUUUUCUUCAUUUUUUUCCUGUGGAAUAAGCUGAAAGUGCACUGUAUUAGGAGACAGUAUUAUUUGAGAAUGACUACUGACCUGCGGAUAAUGGGGUCGAUUGAAUUGGACAAUGAUUAAUAGUCAGUAUUAGGACAGGAACCCUGUUUCAAAUUGGAUAGACUCUGAAAAAUCUUUUUUUGUUUUCUCCAUAUCCACCCAUGUUUGCCCUCCAUCCACACCUCCCAAAACGUUUACUGGAACGGCUGUCUGCCUUUUCCUUUAGGACUUCAUGCUACUGGAUAACAGACAUGCUCAUCAAUAGAGAAACUUCCUUUUAAUGAAAUAUCAGGACUUCCACAUGUUUGAGGUCAAAACUGUGUUGUUUCCUUGAAAUAAAUGGACUGUGUUGUGCUGAAUUGUGUAACAGUAUGCAGAGAACCAGAUUGUUUUCCAGAUGUGAACCCAAUGUGUUGUGGUGUUUAAAAGCAAGAGCUCUCAAGAAGAGUCAGAGAUCUCGUCUCUCGCCCUUGUAUCUCUCGAGGCUGACUGGAAAAAGAAAGGUGAGCUGCUUAGAUCGACAUUUAGGCCUUACACGGUUUAAGAUCAAUACAGAAUAUUCAUCUCCUGUUUCCUGCUCUGCCCCUGGAUGGAAAGGAGCUUGAUAACAAAUUGACAGGAUGGUACUGGAAAUAGUACUGCAGUUAGUUGGUAAAUGCUAUCUCCGUCUCAUUUUUAACAAAAUUCAAAAAAACAUAUGUACAGAUUACUUCAACAAGAACUUGAACCUGUUGUACAAAAAAAACAAUAAUGAAGUGUGAUGGCUUGAAAUUGUGUCAAUAACAAGUGAAAAUAUCUAAUUUUGUUGAUGUACGGAUGAAGGAAGUGAGUAUUAGUUGGGACGGGGGAGGGGUGAUGUCAUCACGCAUUGUGAACUGCACAUUUUGAAUGUAAUUUUCAGACUAACUGCUGUUUCUGAAAUUGACGUCUAAUCCUAAUUAAAAAAACAGACUCAUGGAUAAUA